UCGAAGUGGAUCAACAUUCUUGCGGCGACAAUGGGAAAGUGGGAGUGGAAAAUCGAGCAAAAGGAAUCCAGACUUCUCAGAUUCAACCUGCAUCGAACCAAAGAAAUGUUGGGCGUUCAACUCGAUAUAUUCAGCCGGAACCUAUUGAUCAACGAGACACCCAGACAUCUAUGAGAUGAUGCAUGGGGGAGUUGCCAGAAAGCCAAACUGUUCUACGCCGAUAUUGUCAUCGACAAGUACUACAGGGAACCGGGCCGAUUAGAUAUUGUCCGCCUGUCUCGGGACCUGUUACCGAUGGAUAAAUGCUACGUGAACCUUACAAUCGUUGAGUCUUCAAUAACAGUAAAUGUGGGAGGUUCGAGGUCUCAUCUCAGGAGGCAAUCGGUUUCAGAAUUCUCGAUAGCUAGGAGAUUGAAGAUUGAGAAUGUCGGCGCAGAAGCAAUAGACUUACCGGGACUAUUUGAUGAACGGCAGCUGGAGAAACAGACGAUCGUCCCGCGACGUAUUUUGAUUCGGGGUCGUGCUGGGGUCGGGAAAACGACGCUUUGCAAAAAGAUUAUUCAUUGUUUCAUCAAUGGGAAGAUCUGGACAAAGCAAUUUGAUCGAAUCUUGUGGAUACCCCUUCGGCAUCUCCGGACACAGCCCGACCCGGAAAUCUUCAUUUACAAGGAAUUCCUGUCUGAGCAACCAGACAAGACGUUUUUUCCCGCGCCUUGGACGAUAUCAUCUGGGAGCAGGUGAGAUCAAACAGGACUUUGUUACUAUUGGAUGGUCUUGAUGAGCUCACGAGGGAUCGGACCGAGCGUGGCGUUGGUCUUCCCACUCAGAUCGAACGACUUCUAAACCAAUCCAAUGUCC